AUGCCGGUUAUUGGCAGAUACGCUGGACCGCGAUAUGUGCAAAUUGGAAAGAAUCUUUUACCAUCUUCAAUGAUAUUUGGUGGUUCAGCGUUUCUCUUUUUUAUUUGGCUAACAGAUUGGAAAGUGACAAAUAAAUAUAUUCCAUUAUAUGGUAAAAAAUAUGCCGAAAUAAAACGAGAUCAUUUAAUUGAAUUACAUGGACUCAAGGACGUCGAAGCGGGUAGAGAAGAAUAA